AAAAAGUAUGAAGUUCUACCGCGUCGGUGAUGAGUGACCACGGAAUGCAUUCCGUGUUACCAUUCGAAUGGUAACACAAUUCUGAGGUGAAAAAUUCCGCAGAAAUUAUCGUAACCGUUCUGUGGUAAAUUGUUACCAAUGCGGUAGACCUUCAUAUUUUGUCAAUGCAAUCGGUCACGAUUUUUGUUACCGAGUUUUUAAACCAUAUUUAGUGAGAAUGGUUGGUUCGGCGAUAACGAUAAAUAUUUCGCUGUCUCAAAUCGCAGUAUUUUUUACGGUUGCCGGCGUGGGCACGAUAGUUGCGGCGAGUUUACUUUUGGAUGAAUGGGUGCAUAAGAGCAGUUGGUCGGCAAAGGAUAAACCGGUCGGAUGUACGUCGGCGGUCAUAAUUGGCGCCGCUAUACAAACCAUUUCCUCGGUUUUGAUGUAUUUUAAGUCGAAUGUGAAGCAAACAUGGAUUUAUACGCAAAUCGGGCUAAUUCUGUUGUACAUAAUUUGCUGGACAAUCCUGCUGGCGGACAAAGAGGACGGAUUGUUGGGACGUUCACAGGAAGAUGCGUUCUUUGCCGUUGUUGGGAUCAAUUGGAUUCUGCUCUUCUUGGCGGUGGGGCUUUUGUCGAGAGACUCGGUCCCCUUGGGAAUUUUCUUUGCGAUUUUGGGCGUGGCCGUAAUAAUCAGUUGCAGUUUGGUAAUUGAUGACUAUGCCAAAACGACCGGAUCAUCCGUGGGGGAUAAAAUCGUAGGAUGCAGUGCGACCGCUAUGGUGGCAGGAUUUGCGCAAACGAUUUCCUCAGCGUUUCUAUUUUUUAAGGAUGACAUGAAAACCAUUUGGACUUAUACGAACGCCAUUGUGAUGGUGACCCUCGUAAUUUGCUUUGCCGUCCCGAUGGCGGACAGCAUACGUGGCCUCGUCUCCACAGACUAUUACUACACCACGCUAGCGAUAGAUUUCGUAUUUUUAUUCGUCGUAGUAGGAAUGUUUUUGAAAAAUAAAUUUUUCAAGUGAUGACAGAAAA